AUGGAAGGGCUCUGCUGGAUGCUGCGGGACCCCAAGGCGCCUCUGAAGGCUCACGUCGCCGUCCCGCUGGCCCUGCAGGCGAGAACGUUCUUUGAGGAUAACAGCGACCUGAGGCGGGCCUCCAUGGAGCUCUUUGGCCACCUCAGCAAAUUUGUUUCCAAGAAGUCAUCCCUCUUUGGGGCUGAGGUGGAGGAGAGCAUGGGGACGCUGCUUAUCCACCUACAGGACGGGGACCCCCAGGUGGCCCAGGCGUGCAGGGUGACAUUGCUGCACUGCGCACCCUUCCUCAGCUACCAGCCCCUGCGCACGCUCGUGCAGAGCCAGCUAGCUGAGGGGGCGGCCCCCGCCAUCCCCGCCUUCCUGAACGAAGCCUGCAGGACCCUGCUCCAGGACUGCCCAGGGAGGCUGAGCAAGAAGGCUGCCCUGAGAGCAGCAGCUGCCCAGCAGCUGAUAGGAUACAUGAUGGACAAUUGAAGCCAGAGAAGAGCAGGAGGCUUGGACCACC